GGCACUUUUGGGAGAAAAUGGACUCUGCAGCUUGCUAUUUAAUGAGAGAAAGGACCAAAUAAAACACCAGUGGCUGCAAUAUGUCUUGUGGGACUUGUGACUAUGGCAUUUAUCUUCAUUGGACAAGUGAAUAUUCUUGCUCCAAUAGUCACCAUCAACUUUAUGCUGACUUACAGUGUAAUAGAUUACUCCUACUUCUCAGCUUGUAUGAGCUGUGAUAUUCAGCAAAAUGAAAAAGAAAGGAAUAAAGUAAAUGCUAGCACUUAUAAGCCAUCACAGAAGCUGAACUUAGAAGGCCCACUUAAAAAUGGAUCCAGUGGCCUAAUAAAGGGAAAUACAAAUGGAUCUUUACUUGAAUUCAAUAAAGAUAUGAAUCAGAUCUUUCAAACAGUGCCUCAUGACAGGAAAGCAGAGGUGAAUAAAAGCAAUAAAGAAAAAGUUGUGAAUCAAUCCAACCGUUUAAAAAAGGUGAGAAUACCUGCUAAACAGACACUGCAGAACAGUUUUAUGUUGGAUCUUGACAACACAAAUACAAUAUUUAAAGAGGAUGCCGACCAGGUCUCAGAGACAGAGCUUGCAGAUGAUCUGCCUGAACAGAAUGCAAGAGACCCAUCGAAACUGGAUGGAGGACACCAUCAGGAUUUGGAAAAUCCUUCUAUACGUCAAGUUGUGGAAGCCCAUCUCAAUGUUGAAAGCAACAUAAUUGAACAUCCAGAAUUCUGUUAUACAGACAUAGAUGACUCAACAGAAACAAAAGGAUAUGGUUCCAUAGAAAGGCAGAAGUCUCAGGAACCAGAAAUUUACAGGAUGCCAAAGUCAUUUUAUUCCAAACUCUGCAAUCGUUGGUUGUCAUUUGUUGGUGCAAUAGUGUCAAUUGUAAUCAUGUUUGUGAUUCACUGGAUUUAUGCUUUAAUUAACAUUGCUGUGGCAUUUUUCAUCUACAUUUAUAUUGGACAAAUGAGUCCAGGACUUCCUCCUGGUCUAGCGAAUAACUUCAACUUUUUACAUUGGAUUCAGACAGUCUAUAGUGAGUCAAGGAGGAAAGGAACAUCGCAUGAGAAACAGAUUAUAGUGACACCCUCAUUUACGACAGUCGGCAUGGCAACAACUCAAUUAACCGAAGAGAAUGCUGACUUUGCAUCGCGGGACCGCUACCAUCAUUCCUCAGUCAUUAGUCGUGAAGUUCUCAGCCGUCAUUUGAACUGAAUAUCCACUCUCUGUUGAUCUUCUUCCUUUGUGACUGUCUUUGGUUGGCAGGCCUUGAAAGCUGUUAAAAUUCUGUUGUAAAAUUUAACUGCAAGUUUACGAGGUACAUUCACUUUCAAGCCACUUGAGUAAGAAUAGAUUUAAUAAAAUAUUAGGGUAGCUACAACAUUACUACAGAGGAAUACUGCUAAUUUACAUGCAAAUCUUUAAUAAUUGUGAAUGCAUGAAUGGUUUUCAUGCUAUUUUUAAGGGGUUUCCUUCAGUUUACAUGUAUUAUGGUUUAAUUCAGGUUUUUGCCAAGAUAUUUAGAAUAACUUGAACAGAAAUGCUGACAUUUUUCUACCAUAUUUGCCAAAUAUGCUACAAGCAGUAGAUGACAUUGUGCUGAAGUGGACGCAUUAUGUUAGUUUUGGCAGGAUUGCUGGCCACUCCUGAUUUUCUGCGUUAAAAUUUAGGAGUCAAAAGAAAGCAGAUUUUGAAUGUCAAGCCUAUUUUUUACAAAAAUGUUUGAAUUCAUAUUGUGGGUAGGGUUUUAAUAACAUGUAUUUGUGGCAGUUUGGGUGCAGGGAACCCUGCUUAUUGAUAAAAUGCCUUUCUCCUUAUUCCUUGCAUCUAGGCUGAAUAUUUUCUUUCUAAAUCUGAAGAAUUAAGAAUAUUUGAUGCCACAAAAGAAAGGAAAUAUUCAAAUAGGUUCUAUGGGUUGGUUAGCUCAGUUGGCUGGAUGGCUAGUUUGUGAUGACAACAGCAUGGGUUAAAUUCCCACGCUAAUUGAGGUUAUCGUGAAGAUCCUACUUUCUCAACUGCACCCCUCCCCUGAGGCAUGAUGACCCUCAGGCUAAUUCUGUAAUGUAUGUUAAAUUUCAGAAUUGCUGAACAAAAACUGAAAGAACUGCAGAUACUGGAAAUCAGAAACAAAAACAAAUUGCUGGCAAAACUCAGCAGGUCUAGUAGUA